GGAAUUGACAGGUAUUUGAAAGCAUAUAAAAUUCGAGAACAUCUUCAUUUUUCUUCCACUUCAAAACUCACUCGAUUUACUUCCAACAAUUCCCCUCAUUUACCAAACGAAUUAAAGCGCAAAGAAAAUAAUUUUUUUUUAAUUAAAAAGCAGUCCUAAUUUUAAUUUUCAUUUCAACAUGCUGAUUCACGUCAGUUGUUUCUUGAUGAUGUUGAUCAAUUCAGCGCUUACUGCUCAGGGUGGACCCAGAAAUAACAUCAUGAGGUUAGCCAGAGAAGAUAAAUCUAUGAGAGGUCACCUUGAGUUUAGUGGUGCAGAUGUUAUCCGAAGUCUUCUAAACUCCAGGAGUCUCAACAGCUUGGGCGGCGGAGAACUCAUUCGAAUACUAGACCCUCUGAGCGGUGGCCAAAUGCUAAGAUCUUUAGACCAGCUGUCUAGUGGACAGUACCUCAAUUCUCUAGACAAUUAUAGAGGCGGAGAAGUCUUGAACGUCCUGGACCGAAUGACUGGUGGCGAUUUCAUUAGCUCUCUGGAUGCAGUCGAAGGAGGGUCAGUCCUUGGUGCUCUGGACAGAGCUCGCCAGUCUAAACUCAGACACCCACCAUCUCCUAAACGUACCCAAACCUUGGACACACUCAACGGAAUGGCAUUUGGAAUGAGCAAGAGAUUCGAUUCCCUGAGUGGCUCUACCUUUGGCAUGAGCAAGAGGGAUUUCGAUGAAAUCGACAACGUAGGAUUCACUGGAUUCGCCAAGAGGGGACCCUACAGACAUAACAGUUUGGCCUUGGCUAAAAAGAAUUUCGAUGAAAUAGAUCGAGCUGGAUUUGAGACCUACAACAAGAGGAACUUCGAUGAAAUCGACCGAGCGGGUUUUGAAACGUUUGAGAAGAGGGAUAGAAAAGAAUAAAUAUUUUGCCAUUUUCAAGAAAUAGAAGAAUCAUUGUGGUCAUCAGACAAUAAAAGAGAAGAUAAAAAUAUUAAGCAUCAGAGACGAUUUUCAAGCGAUUGUCAGUGAACUCAAUUGUGCCAAAAAUAGUCAUUGCAGCUUUUUCUCUUGCUACAUUUAUUUUGUCUUUUUUUUCUGUCAAAAUUUCACACGACGUAUCUGUUUAAAAAAAAUAAUUGGAUUAUUGAUUUUCAGGACUGCUUCUCUUAAUAAUUUUCUUGUAUUUUAUUGAAUAUACUAUACUAUUGAACUUUAUAAUGUAUCACAUUUUGUUGUAAAUAAAAUUAAAAAUUUCCAAACAAAA